AUGUCUAAUAAGAAUGGGGUCUCUGAACCCGUGGUUACAGAACCCAAUUCAACUUUGGAACCAUCAACCAAAAAAAGUCAUUCGAGAAAUAGCUCUCUGACCAAUAUACCACAAUCACCAGCUUCCACUGGUAAUACCGAUAAAGAAGAUGGUUCAACCACAGAAGUUAGAGCCCAAUUUACCGACGAAAGUCUUGUUGAAAACAAUGAUAUUUCUUUACUUAAUAAGACAAAACCACAAACAUCUCCACUAUUAUCUUCAACACCACCAACCGUGGCCAAAUCUUUAAUCAAAGCAUAUCCAUAUUUGCUUAUUGUUAAUAAGAUUCUUUCAAUAGUGACCUGGACUAAUGAUGAUUAUUGGGUCAACUUGAUAAUCCUUAGUUUCUUUGCAUUUAGUGUAUUGUACUUUGAAAGUUUGGUAACUUGGUUUGGUCAUUUAAUUGUGGUUGCUAUAAUUACUUUAUAUGCUUUACUUAAUAAAAGAAUUGUGGAAGAGACCAAUUUACAUCCCACUUUAGAUGAUGUGGUUCAAGCUUUAACUACUACUUGUAUUAAAGCAGAUAUUUUGCUUACUCCAAUUACUUCACUUUCUUUAACUGUUUAUGAUAUUAAAAGAUUACUUUUCACAACCGUUUUCUUAACUCCAAUCUAUUUGAUUAUUACCUUUUUAAUGAUUACUCCAAGAACAAUCUUAUUGCUAGCAGGUAUUUACAUUUUCACUUAUCACUCAACUUACCUGAGAGUUACUCGUAAAAUGUUAUGGAAAAUUAAAUUAGCAAGACUCUUAUGUUUUUACUUAACUGGUUUGGAUUUCUCUCAAGCUAGAAAUCAUUCAUUAUUUGCAGCUGCUUUUGCUAAAGUUCAAAAAAAUAAUAACUUAAUUAAUCCUUUAAAUAAAUCAGAUGCUUCAAAUAAACCAGUUAGAUUCACUUAUGUCAUAUAUGAAAAUCAAAGACGUUGGUUAGGUAUUGGUUGGACUUCUAAUUUACUUUCUUAUGAAAGAACUCCUUGGACCGAUGAAUUCUUAAAUGAAUCUUCUUCAAUCGAAUCUUUCCAAUUACCAAAUCCUGAAAAUAAUAAAUAUUCUUUUGGUCAACAAGGCUCAAAUCAACUUUCUCUCACCGGGGCAAGAUGGAGAUGGGUAGAUAAAACUUGGAGAUUGGAUUUAACUAAUGACGGUGCCAUUACUCUACCAAAUAGUAAACGCUCUAAAACUACUGCAAAUCCAAGCUCAGAUGAAGGUUUCAUCUAUUCGGAUAAUACUUGGAAAAAACCUUCAACCGAUGACUCUUACUCUAAAUAUACUAGAAGAAGAAGAUGGAUUAGAACUGCUGAAUUGGUCUUUGAUAAUUCGGCUCCUACUACUAGUGAAAGUAUCUCUCCAACUUCUUCAAGAUUUAGUGAUGAUGCCAGUGUUUCAAGCUCUGGAAGUACUACCUCUAUCUCAGAAGAUUCUAAAUCAAGAAAAAGAAAAAGCUUAAGGUUUGCUGAACCUGAUAAACCAGAUUUACAAGACCUAUCCAUCGAUGAAAAUGGUGAAGAUGACGAAGACGUUGCUACUCUAAAAGAAUCUCAGGUCGAACCACUCGCUUCUCAACAAGCUCCUUUAUCCCAACCUCUCGAUAAAAAAGUGAGCUAA